AUGUUGGACCCGUUACCAACAUUCAGUGGAAAACUGACCGAAAAUGUGCCCAAGUGGCUGAAAGAUAUUACGAACGAAUUAAAUCUGGUGAAGUUCGACGAUAGCCAAAAACUGGGGAUUAUUCAAACAUAUUUGGUUGAUGAUGCAAGAAAAUGGUUCACCAAUAACAUGAGAACAUUAGAGACAUGGUCAGAAUUCAAUGAAGCAAUUGAGAAAACGUACUCAUCGACGUUUGCAAAAGAAGUAGCCAUUAGUCAACUAGGACAGCGUCGUCAAGGCUUAGAUGAGACUGUCAUGCACUAUUACAACGACAUGAUGGAAUUAUUUGAGGUUAUGGAUGAUCGAAUGAGCGACUCAUUAAAGGUCAGCUAUUUAAAAAGUGGGCUGAAAUUGUCAUUGAAGAAGGAAGUGCGAAGGAAAAAUCCCCCAACACCAUCUGAGUUCAUCAAAGCGGCUCAAGAAGAAGAAAGCCUUGAUUACUCCAUGGCCGCAUCAAUGCACAACAUGGAAAUUCAAAACAAUGAGACAAAAAGAAUAACAACCACGACAAUGAUAAAUUCAACACUAAUACACCAAAACUAUCAUUAUACGUCCUACCCGCAGCAUCAAUUUCAAAACGAUGGCAAAAAUUAUUACGCAAGGACGACAUCAUCGAUCAAACAGCAUCUACCAUAUCAGUAUCAACAACAACUAUGCUACAAAUGCAACAAGAGUGGUCAUUUUGCUCGUGACUGGUUUCUGCCGAAGAAAUCGGUGUUGCUACAACUUCAUGCUUUUUCCUGA